GCAGUACGCGCUACGCAUCGUUCUAGCAGGCGCGCCUCCUCACUGCUAUAAAGAACGAGAGUGCCCUCCGUGCUCCUGUCGCUUGGCCCUUUUGCUUGCUUGAGUGUGUGCGCUCCUUGCGACGAUGAACUUCCAACAACUAGAGAAGCUUGGUGAGGGAACUUAUGCGACUGUCUACAAGGGAAAGAACCGGACGACAGGCGAGACGGUUGCGCUGAAGGAGAUACACUUGGACAGUGAAGAGGGCACACCGAGUACGGCGAUUCGAGAGAUCUCACUCAUGAAGGAGCUGAAGCAUGAAAAUAUCGUUGGACUCUGGGACGUCAUCCACACGGACAAUAAGCUGAUGCUGGUCUUUGAGUUCAUGGACAAGGACCUCAAGAAGUACAUGGACUCACAUGGAAAGAACGGCGCACUUGAGCCAGCGACCAUCCGGAGCUUCAUGUACCAGCUCAUCAAGGGAAUCGCAUUCUGCCACGAGAAUCGCGUUUUGCAUCGUGAUUUGAAGCCUCAGAACCUGCUCAUCAACAAGAGAGGCCAUCUCAAGCUUGCUGAUUUUGGUCUUGCGCGGGCCUUUGGCAUCCCGGUCAAUACCUUUUCGAAUGAGGUUGUCACGCUAUGGUACCGUGCGCCUGAUGUCUUGCUCGGCAGCCGCACUUACUCUACAUCCAUCGACAUCUGGUCAGCUGGCUGUAUCAUGGCUGAAAUGUUCACUGGUAGGCCUUUGUUCCCCGGAUCCAACAACGAAGACGAGCUGCUCAAGAUCUUCCGACUGAUGGGCACACCCACCGAGCAAACAUGGCCCGGUAUCUCACAAUACACAGAGUACAAGACGACUUGGCCGUACUAUGUCACACAAGACCUGGGGCAGAUUCUACCCAUGAUUGACAGCCUCGGUCUUGACUUGCUAUCACGAUUGCUCGUGAUGCAGCCGAAUCAGCGCAUUUCGGCAAAAGAUGCCCUGCGACACCCUUACUUUAGCUCUGCUUACAAUUGAGCAGGCGGUCUCGGAGAGAAAGAUCUGACAGAAACGAUCGCUUGCCACUCUCGGUGAUUCUUCGUAUGCUGGGCCAUUGCUGGCAAGAUGCAGCUGCAGCAUAAAUUGCCAUUUCUUAAGACCAUGUACAAAACUUUUUUCAUGACCAUUUCCUGCAAUCCA